CUCCUCGCCCGGUGAGCAGCAGCAGCUUCCGUCGUCGCCGCCGCCGCCGCCACUCAGUGCCAUCCCCGCCGUGCCGUUGUGCCGCCGCGAAGUGUGUGUGUCGAGGCGUGAUUCUCUCAGUGCCACUGUGGUGCAGCACCCCGAGGCUUGUGUAUGGCAGCCAGGGGUGUGUGUAGGUGACCGAGGCUUGUGGAGGGAGGCACAGGGAGUGCAGGAAGCUUGCAAGGUAGCAGGGCGGGGUCUGGCGCCGCGCCACGCAGCAGUGGAGGCAGUGCCUAGAAGGUGCCGUCGGCAGCAGGGAAACAAGGGUAGCAAGGGCGCGCCGCGCCAUGGGCCGCCGCGCCGCACCCCAUUAGGAUGGUGCAGGUGGCUGCCUCUUUCUCUCAGGCCGCCAUGUUCCCCACCGCCAACAGGCCACCGCCCCCGCCGGCGCAGCACCCCAUGGUGGGACAGCAGGGCCCGGCGGGCUACCUGGGCUACUACCCAGCCCAGCCCGCCCAUCACUACCAGUACCCGCCGCCUGACUUCAACUGCAACCUGCAGCCCUUCGUGCCCACCCAGUUCAGCGAUGGCCUGCAGGGCGGUCCGCCGGCUUGGCACAACCCAGUAUACAUGGGCGGCCAUCACCACCCGGCCGCCCACCACGCCGCCGCCGCUCACCACCACGCGGUGCAGCACUGCCAGCAGCGUUCGCCCGCCACCUACGACGACUGGAUGACACCCCUGCAUCACAACGGCGGGGGCGCCUCCCCUCUUCCGCAGCAUCCCAGCCUGGGCUCAGUCGGCACGGGCGUGCACCAGCCGCCACACACGCCCUCCCCCUGCGCCCCUGGAGCGGCGGGGCCUCAGGCCGCCCCACCCUCGCCCACCUUCAACAGUUACUCGAAGCUGCCCGGCGUGGGCGGCCAGCUGGAGUACGGCAGCGACGGAGGCGUAUCAGGGGCGCAGUCCCCUAACGAGGGCGUGCUGGGCCUAGCGGAGAGUGCGGGGGACGAUGAAUCGCCGCCCGCCACUCACCCGCAGCCACCCAACGCUCACCCAACCCCGCCCACCACCCUCCCUACGUCCACCACCCACCCGCCGCCCACUACCCACCCGCCAUCUUCGCGACCUCAGCAGAUCCGCUCUCCUUUCAGGUGGAUAGAGAAGACAGCCUUCCAGGGGCCGCCCCACUCAGAUGGCACCUUCCUAGACCUGGAUGGCUUACCGGUGAAAGGUACGCUGGAGGAGGCGGAGAGAGGAACGUGGCGCGUCGGCAAGACUCGCACCAAGGACAAGUACCGCGUGGUGUACAGCGAUCAUCAGCGGCUGGAGCUGGAGAAAGAGUUCCAUUAUUCCCGCUACAUCACCAUCAGGAGGAAGAGUGAGCUGGCUUCCAUGUUGGGACUGUCAGAGCGUCAGGUCAAAAUCUGGUUUCAAAAUCGUCGGGCGAAGGAGAGGAAGCAGAUGAAGAAGAGAGACGAACUCCACAAUAAGGAGAAGCUUGAGGUGGGCGGCGUCGGGGGCAUGGGCGGCGUGCAGCAGUAUCACCCGCCCUCCGUCACGCCCAUUCCACCCAUGCACGCCCAUGUCCCCUCACACCACCACCACCAUCAUCACCACCAGACCGGCAAACCGAUUAUCAUGGAUAUCAAACCCCCGCUGGGAAUGGACUGAUCCCGCCCUCACUCAGCCCAUGUCCAGCCCACACUCAGCCCACGCCCAACCCACGAUCAAGCCUAUACUCAACCCAUGCCCAGCUCACAGUAAACCCACGUCCAGCCCACACCUAGCCUACAACGAUGCCCAUACUCAGCCCACGCUCAACCUAUGCCCCAGACCCACGACUCUGCAAACCCACAAAGCCUCAAGGAGUGAUCUGAGCAGGAGUUCCGGUGUUGUGUUGUUAAUAGUGUUCGUUGCCCACACCUGUCCAAGUGACAUGACUAUAACAUUCACAACUGACGCAGGGAAACACAUGCGAGUGUAUUGUAAAACUAUGGAAGAUACAAUGCAGAAUGUGAGAAAAGAAAGAAAGGACCUGUAUUAUAGUAGUGAAUGUGUUAUUAGGACAGAUGAAACUCAAAAUAAAAGUACCGUAAAGAAACAGAUGUGUGUGUAUAUUGUAAAGCUGCGGAAUAUACGAUGGAGAAUGUGUUAAUAGUAAACGUGUUAUUAUGACAAUCGAAACUCAAAAAAAGAAAAAAAAGUGCUGUUACUAUGACACUUAACGCAGAGCCACAAGGAUGAGAGAUCUAGAAAAGCAAGACUAGAGAGCGCAGUGCAAAAUAUUAAGAGGAAAGGGAGAAAACGCUUAUGCAAAUAGGGAAUACAUUGCUGUUUUAACUCGAAACUCAAAGCAGUGUCGAGAGAUAAAAGAUUAAUAGCACAAUUGAGGAAAAUAUGAACCAAAUAUAAAGAGAAAAAGAAAAAAAGCCGAACUGCACGAACCUAGAUAGAAAAAAAAAAACUAUAGUAGAAGUCAUAAAAAAUAUUGAAAUAUGGUGCUCUUGCAAAAAACGGAGGAAAUAAUUGACACCGUUACCUUGUUAGAGUGAGAUGUCAUACCUAACUAACCAGUGGAAAGUGCUCUGGUGCUCCUGUUAGUGGGUAACCUGUGGAGAGUGCUGCUGCCCCUUCAGGUAUCCAUGGACGGUGAGGAGCAGGUGGCAUAUCUGUAGAAAGAAAAGUUAAUUAGUGCAUUUUUUGAAACGUUCCACCUCCCUCCCCCAUCCCUCUUCUUUUAUUUCGACAAUUUGAACAGACUCUAAUGAAGGUAACAGCAGUUUUUGAGGAUGAAAUACAAUUUCCAAAGGGUGUAUUCAUGAAGGCAGCAAGUGUUUAAUAAGGUUCCAGUCACAUCAACUGAAAAAUAACACCCACGAGAACCUAUUAACCCUUUCAGUACUGGGAUACAUUUUAUCUUGAGAUUUGUGUACUAUUAGACGAUUUUAUUGACAAUAGGAAGGGUUUUUGGAGGUCAGAAGAUUGAAGGCCACAGUCUUCACAUCUUAAUCCCCACAUGAGUUUCUGAACCUGUUUAAAAUCACCAAAUAGUGACCACAAUGAAUAUGGAAACGUGUUGUGGUACUGAAGGGGUUAAAAUGGUCUACUCAUACACAACAAUCACGACAGCGGAUUUAUCGAGAAUGCUUUUUUUAUCGUUAUUAUUUUUAUACUACACUGAUAGUUUGACAAGUAUUCCGCUUCACCAACUAGAAAAGAAACACUCACACGAACCUGGUUGACUAUUUCUUUAGGAUUUGAAAUUAGACCUGAAGGGAAAACACAGCAGUUGAGAAAGCAAAUCCGAACUUAAGUCAUUACUGGUACAGAGAGGAAGGAAUGGACACUCUUGACUGUAACCUGUUGAUGAUACUGUAGUGUGUGUACCUGUUGGGGAUACAUAGUGCUGGUGUGUACUUAUGGCAAGUUACCUGUGUGCUUGUGUUGGUGUAGAGGAGGACAGGUGCAUGGUGUAGUGAUGGUGAUUGUAGAAGGUAGUAAAGAAGAGAAGAAAAGGAAACGAAUUAGAGAAGCAAUGGAUAGGAAGGAAAACAAAAAGAAGGAAGACAGAAAAGUCGUGAAAAAAGAAAAGAAAGAGAAUCAAGAGAGGAAGAGAGAAAAAAAAAGAAAGAAGGAAAACAAGAGAAAAAAAAGAACGAACAAUAGAAGAAUAGAUUAAUUGCAAAACAAUCGAAGAAAAAAUUAAAAGGGUAAAAUAAAAAAAGAAUAAAAAGCCAAUAAACCAUUAGUUAAGAAUAAACAGAUCAUACCAUUUGAAAGUGAAAACAAGUGAUCGUCCCGGUAGAACACAACACCAAACAAGGUCCUUAACAGUGCAUCAAAUAAAUGAGCCUUGCGUAGGGUAACAACAGAGGGCAACACAUCUAGUAUUCCUACACUAGUACCCGCAUGUCACACCUAGUAGAGACAACCAGUAGUGGUGGUGAACAAAUGGGAGGAUACGAGGAUCUAGACGAACACUAGUGAAGAGAACACACCCAGUUUACCUCCAGUAGUACAACAUAUCUAGUACUAGCAAACAUAUACUAGUACUUGUGGGACGAAAGGUGGACCGUGGACCUGGUACAGUACCAGCAGGUGAUUAAUGGCUUGUAAAGGAGAACCAGACCCGGUGUUGAUUGUCGCUAGCUAACACUAUGCAAGGGAAGCCAGUACCUGUAGAAGCAAGACACGAACGGCGAUACCAAUGCAGCUAACAAGCAAACAACACAGGUAUACCUUAGCAGUGAGCCUUGUAGCUACCUGUGUUAACCUGUAGAUGGAAAAGGAUGGUUCCGGUGCUUGUAGAAAUCCAUAUCACUUAUUUUCUUACAUGUAAAAAGAAGUUAUGGACAAUGAACAGAAGAAAAGUAGGAAAAAAUGGUGUGUGUGUGCGUAAAUUCUGGCGGCCAUGGAAUCUUCUUUCUAAGUCAAAUUCAACAAACAUACAUACAAGCAAACAAAGAAACACUAAAACAAGUAGACACUUUAUCUCGGUCCUUCAUAAUUAUAAAACUUCCAUAUCUAUUAACUUAUUUAUUCCCUUAUCAAAUUAUAGCGCGUAGAAGUAAAUCCUGAAAUUAUUGUUUUUAUCAUCAUCAUUACUUAUCAUUUUCUUAUCAUUAUUGUCAUUAUAAAGAGAGUGACUAAAUGGAUGACUGCACUGGCUAUCUACACAAUAAGAAUUCCCUCUCUCUCUCUCUCUCUCUCUCUCUCUCUCUCUCUCUCUCUCUCUCUCUCUCUCUCUCUCCACAACCCCUUGAACGAACAAUAUCACUGGAACCAUGAACUGAAACCACCAAUAAGAAACAUGUCCUAUUCUUUCCCCUCACACACCACCUCCACUCACCACCUUUAUCUCCUCAGAGGUCACCGUUGCCAUGGUGACGCGCCAACACGAGGGGAGAGAGGGAGGGAGAGGAGAGAGGGAGAGGGGAAAGGUCACAGGUCGCUAUAUUGACGUACGAGGUCAUCUGCACGCUCCUUGAAGUCACUUGAGGAACAUAAAAGAACUCAAAGAUAGAGCAGAUCUUUUGGCGGCACAUAGUAAAGGAAUGCAAAGGAAGAACAAAAGAAGCUGCUUCGGACUUUUGAGGGUGUGUGUGAGGAGGAGGAGGAGGAUCUACGUACGAAGAAAUAUACAACAUCGAGGAAGAAGAAAAGAAGAAGAAGAAGAGAAAAAAGAAAAAGAAAAGAAGAAAAAGAAAAAGAAGAAGAAGAAGAAGAAGAAGAAGAAGAAGAAGAAAAGAAGAAGA